GCUUCCUUCCAGUCACAUAAAGCCUGCCAACAUCAUUGGAUAGGACACAACACGCUUGGAGGAGAACACUGGCUGCCAGUUCUGUUACGCCAGCUUACAGAUGCCUGCACUGGCUAGCAUCACAGGGAGGGUGGAUCAUCCUAAUUAUACCUAGGACUUUCAGCAAGAAAGGACUGGAGCUCUCCUCUUGAUAAACACAAGAACGGACCACCAUGACUGAGUUCUGGAAAGAACAUUCCCAGCAGGCUACAGUAGAGGAGAUGAUGCUGGACUCCAAUGCCCGGGUGUUGACCCAGCACGAGUUGCCUGAGAUACUGGAGCUGUUGCCCCGGCUGGACGGCAUCGAUAUACUGGAGCUGGGAGCCGGCAUUGGCCGCUACACUUGCCACCUCAUUGGCAAGGCCCGUCAUGUGACAGCUGUGGACUUUAUGGAGAACUUUGUGGAAAAGAACAGAAAAGAAAACAGCCAUCUGGGCAAUGCAGACUUCAUCCAAGCUGAUGUCACACAGCUUCAGCUGCCUGAAAACAGUUUUGACCUGAUCUUCUCUAACUGGCUGCUGAUGUAUCUGAGUGAAGAAGAGCUGCACUCACUGGCGAUAAAGCUGCUUUCCUGGCUCCGCCCUGGAGGAUACCUCUUCUUCAGAGAAUCCUGCUUCCACCAAUCAGGUGAUUGUAAGAGAGAUUUCAACCCAACUCACUACCGUGCACCAGCCCACUAUAACCACCUGAUGACAUCUGUGACAGUUGAGGGGUCAGGGGAGAGUGGUAAACACUCCUAUGGGUUUGAUAUGGUCCUGUGCAAAACAGUACAGACCUAUAUUAAGAUGAAGAAGAAUCAGAACCAGGUGUGCUGGUUGAUGCAGAAGGUUCUUCGGGACACGGUCCAGCAGCACCAAGGUGGCUUCACCACAUUCCAGCAGUUCCUGGAUAACCAGCAGUACACCCGCAGGGGCAUCCUGCGCUAUGAGAAGAUGUUCGGUUCUGGCUUUGUCAGCACUGGAGGACCAAGUACCACCAAGGAGUUUGUUGACCUACUGAAUCUGAGUCCAGGACAGAAAGUCCUUGAUGUUGGCUGUGGAAUAGGGGGAGGAGAUUUCUACAUGGCCAAGAACUUUGGGGUGGAGGUUUUGGGAAUGGACCUAUCAGGGAACAUGGUGGAGAUUGCCAUGGAGAGGGCGGUACAGGAGAAACUGCCAUCUGUCCAGUUUGAGGUGUCAGAUGCCACCAAGAGAAUAUUUCCAGAAGGCUCUUUUGAUGUGGUGUACAGCAGAGACACCAUUCUGCAUAUCAGCGACAAGCUGGAACUCUUUAGAAAAUUCCAUUCAUGGUUGAGGCCUGGAGGGAAGCUGCUGAUCAGUGAUUACUGCUGUGGAGAAAAGCCUUGGACUCCUGCCUUCCAGGAUUAUGUUAACCAGAGAGGCUACAUCCUGUACACACCACAGAGAUAUGGCCAGUUUUUGGAAGAGGCCGGCUUCACUAAGGUGAGAGCAGAAGACAGAACUGCCCAAUUCAUUCAGGUGAUAAAGGACGAGCUCAAGAGAGCCGAGGAGAUUCAGAACGAGUUUAUACAGGAGUUCUCUCAGGAGGACUAUGACGCUAUUGUAAAUGGCUGGACAGAAAAGCUACAGCGCUGUGAGGCUGGAGAUCAGCAAUGGGGUCUGUUCUACGCCACCAGAACCUGAAAGAGAGAGAGAGACAAAGAGAUAUAGAGAGAGUGGCAGAGAGAGAAGACACUACAAGAUCUGCUUAAAAAGUUAAAUACAACUAAUUUCACACUACACUGUAGCAUUCUGUAAAUUAAGAGAGCAGUAUUACUUUAUUUUUUAUGUUUUGUCAAAUUGCCUAAAUAAAAGAGUAAUUUGUUUGUGA